UGGGGGUCGGGCUGGCCUUGGUUAGUGGCUCAACUGUUAAAACCCGCUCAGGUGCUCCCGCGAGGGAGAGGAGAUUUCACUUAAUUGAUUGCCCUUGGAGGCACGUAGAAGGCCGGUACGAAGCUGUAUCUCUCUCCGUCCCGGGCACCAUUGAGAUGAAGCAACUGUGGGGACUUGGCCUUUUAUGCCUCCUGCUGCUGGCUGCCUCUGCCCAGGCUGAUGAACCUGAUGUGGAUGGCACUGUCGAAGAUGAUUUGGGUAAAAGCAGAGAAGGAUCUCGGACAGAUGAUGAAGUCGUUCAGAGGGAAGAGGAAUCUAUUCAAUUGGAUGGUUUAAAUGCAUCACAAAUAAAACAACUUAGGGAAAAAUCAGAAAAGUUUGCCUUCCAGGCUGAAGUAAACAGGAUGAUGAAACUUAUUAUCAAUUCGCUGUAUAAAAAUAAAGAGAUUUUCCUUAGGGAAUUGAUUUCAAAUGCAUCAGAUGCUCUAGACAAAAUUCGGUUGAUGUCAUUGACUGAUGAAAAUGCUCUUUCUGGUAAUGAGGAACUCACAGUAAAAAUUAAGUGUGAUAAAGAGAAGAAUAUGCUUCAUGUUACAGACACUGGAAUUGGCAUGACCAAAGAUGAGCUAAUCAAAAAUUUGGGUACCAUUGCCAAAUCUGGUACAAGUGAAUUUCUAAAUAAAAUAACUGAAAUGCAGGAAGAAAACCAGUCAACUUCUGAAUUGAUUGGUCAGUUUGGUGUUGGCUUCUAUUCUGCCUUCCUUGUGGCAGAUAAGGUUAUUGUUACCUCAAAGCAUAAUGAUGACAGUCAACACAUCUGGGAAUCUGAUUCAAAUGAGUUCUCUGUAAUUGAAGAUCCUCGGGGUGAUACCUUGGGACGAGGCACUACUAUAACCCUUGUUUUAAAAGAAGAAGCUUCAGAUUAUCUUGAACUAGAUACAGUUAAAAACCUGGUCACGAAGUAUUCCCAGUUCAUAAACUUCCCUAUUUAUGUAUGGAGUAGCAAGACUGAGACUGUAGAAGAGCCUCUUGAAGAUGAAGAAGUGAAAGACAAAGAUGAGACGGAUGAUGAAGCUGCUGUGGAGGAGGAGGAGGAAGAGAAAAAACCCAAAACUAAACCGGUUCAGAAAACAGUCUGGGAUUGGGAGCUUAUGAAUGACAUAAAACCAAUUUGGCAGAGGCCAUCUAAAGAAGUAGAAGAAGAUGAAUACAAAGCUUUCUACAAAACAUUUUCUAAGGAAACCGAUGAUCCAAUGACUUACAUUCACUUUACUGCUGAAGGAGAAGUAACAUUCAAGUCCAUCUUAUUUGUUCCCAGUACUGCUCCACGUGGCUUAUUUGAUGAAUAUGGAUCCAAAAAAAGUGACUUUAUAAAGCUGUAUGUUCGUAGAGUAUUCAUCACUGAUGACUUCCAUGAUAUGAUGCCCAAAUAUCUUAACUUUGUCAAGGGUGUUGUAGAUUCAGAUGAUCUUCCUUUAAAUGUGUCUCGUGAGACCCUCCAGCAGCACAAACUAUUAAAGGUAAUCAGAAAGAAACUUGUCCGGAAGACACUUGAUAUGAUCAAAAAGAUUGCUGAAGAAAAAUACAAUGACACAUUCUGGAAAGAAUUUGGCACAAAUAUCAAACUUGGAGUGAUUGAAGAUCAUUCAAAUCGGACUCGUCUAGCUAAACUUCUUCGUUUCCAGACUUCUCAUCAUGAAAGCAACGUUACUAGUCUAGAUCAGUAUGUAGAAAGAAUGAAAGAGAAGCAAGAUAAAAUCUAUUUCAUGGCUGGUUCAAGUAGAAAAGAGGCUGAAUCUUCACCUUUUGUGGAACGGCUUCUAAAGAAAGGUUAUGAAGUUAUAUAUUUGACAGAACCAGUGGAUGAAUAUUGUAUUCAGGCUCUCCCAGAGUUUGACAACAAAAGGUUUCAGAAUGUUGCUAAAGAAGGAGUGAAGUUCGAUGAAAGUGAAAAGUCAAAGGAAACUCGUGAGGCUUUAGAAAAAGAGUAUGAACCCCUAUUAACUUGGAUGAAAGACAAAGCUUUAAAGGACAAAAUUGAAAAAGCAGUAUUAUCUCAGCGAUUAACCCAGUCACCAUGUGCUCUUGUAGCUAGUCAAUAUGGAUGGUCUGGCAACAUGGAAAGAAUCAUGAAGGCUCAGGCUUACCAGACUGGGAAAGAUAUCGCUACCAAUUACUAUGCAAGCCAAAAGAAGAUAUUUGAAAUCAAUCCUAAACAUCCUCUCAUAAAAGACAUGCUCAGGCGUGUUCAGGAAAAUGAAGAUGAUCAAGUAGUUGCAGAUCUUGCUGUGGUUCUGCUUGAAACUGCUACCCUAAGAUCAGGUUAUCUGCUGCCAGAUACAAAGGAAUAUGGAGAAAGGAUAGAACGAAUGCUUCGCCUGAGUUUGAACAUUGACCCAGAGGAAAAGGUGGAAGAUGAGCCUGAAGAACCAGAGGAAACUGUUGAAGAAGUAGAACCAGAAGAGGAAAUUGAAGCUGAGGAAGAUACUGAAGACAGUGAAACAGAGAAAACGGAGUCCACAGAUGGAAAAGAUGAAUUGUAAAAUGCACUCUCAAAUACUAUCCUGUGUUUUGGAUGAAGCAGGAAUGUGAACUGAAUUUGUUUUUUCACUGUAAAAUGUUGGGGGGAGGUGUAGGGUUUUGGGCAGAAGAAUUUUUUUAAGUUGCAUUUUUUAAACAUUCCUCACAAUGUAAAUUUGUACUAUUUAACUGACUGCUUGGUGUAAAAUCUUGUCAUGUGUACAAAAUUAAAAUGUUCACACCAGU